CGAUCAAACAUUAAUCUGGUCACAAUCAAAGACCUCCAUCUCCCUAUUUUAAUUUGGCUAUAAAUUUUCGUCUUUGAUUACUUAGCCGUAUGCAUAUUUUUCCUUUAAAGUAAAUCCCAGUGAACACUUGCACUUAAACAGAGUUAGAUAUGGAGUCAUGGGUGGGGUGGUCGCUUCUUCUAUGUUGCCAUAUGUUCUUCUUUCACUUCUCAUUCUCCCAUUCCUUAUGUCAUCCUCACGAUAAUAUUGCCUUACUCCAAUUCAAAACCUCUGACACUUUUUCUUUUGGGUCAGUAGAGACCUCUCCCACUUAUGAUGAUGCCACUUAUGCUUUUUUCACCUAUGCUGAAUGCAGUGAUAUGGAUCCAAAGACAGCAACAUGGGAAAAUGGGACAGAUUGUUGCUCAUGGAUUGGCGUUACUUGCCAUCCCAUUUCUGGUCGUGUCAUAGACCUCGAUGUCUCAUGCAGUGCUCUUUAUGGUGAAAUCCUUCCGAAUAGUACCUUUUUCUAUCUUUCUCAUCUCCAAUCACUUAAUCUUGCUUUCAAUUAUAUCGACUUUCAACUUUCAUCUCUCUUUGGUGGAUUUGUGAGUCUCACACACCUCAAUUUGUCUUAUUGUGUCUUUCAAGGUGAAAUUUCUUCUAAAAUCUCACAACUUUCAAAGUUAGAAUCACUUGAUCUCUCUCAUAAUUCCGGGUUAACGUGGAAAGAAAGCAGUUGGAAGAAGUUCCUCCAAAAUGCAACAUUUUUAAAGGAGCUUAUUUUGGAUGAUGUAGAUAUGACUCAAAGUUCAAUGAAGUCACUCAAUCAGUCUACCUCUUUAAUUAGUCUUAGUCUCAGUGACACUGGAGUAUGGGAAAACUUGAAAAAUGGCAUAUUAUGCUUACCAAAACUUCAACAGUUGCACUUGUCAUAUAAUUACGGUCUCCAUGGCCAACAUCUUCCCAGCUUCAGCUGCAUUGGUGCUUCUCUCACUAUAUUGGAUCUUUCAUCUAAUCAAUUUGAGGGAUCAAUCCCUGCCUCUUUCUCAAACCUCACACAUCUUACUUUCCUUGAUCUCUCAUAUAACAUCUAUCUCAAAGGUUCAAUUCCCUCCUCCCUCUUAACCUUUUCGAGUCUAACUUUUCUAGAUCUUGGAUUCAAUCGAUUCAGUGGCCAAAUCCCAAAUGUCUUUUCCCAGUCAAACAGUUUUGAAAAACUAGAUUUGAGUCAUAACAAUAUAGAAGGUGAGCUACCAUCAACACUUUCAAAUCUCCAAAGUCUCAUUUUCUUGGAUCUUUCAAAUAAUAAAUUUAGUGGUCAAAUUCCAUCCUCAAUUUCAAAUCUUCAACAUCUUAUUCACUUGGAUUUUUCAUAUAAUGAAUUUAAAGGCCAAAUUCCAUCCUCACUUUCAAAUCUUCAACAUCUCAUUCUCUUGGAUUUUUCAUUGAAUAAAUUAAGUGGCCAAAUUCCACCCUCAAUUUCAAAUCUUCAAUAUCUCGUUUUGUUAGAUCUUUCACAUAAUAGAUUGGAGGGUCCUCUGCCUAACAAAAUAAGAAGUCUUUCAAACCUAACUCGAUUAUACUUCAAUGACAACUUACUAAAUGAAACAAUUCCUCUUUGGUGUUUAUCUUUGCCAUCUUUGCUAGAACUAGAUCUAUCAAAUAAUCAGUUCACAGGACAUAUAAGAGCUACCGUAUCACAUUCCUUUGAAUUUCUGUAUUUGUGCAACAACAAGCUACAUGGCAAUAUUCCACAAUCAAUCUUCACUCUUGUAAAUCUCCGCCAAUUAUGUUUAUCAUCAAACAACUUUAGCGGUUUUCACAACGUCAAUUACAAUUUCCCUAGCUUAGAGAGAUUGUAUUUAUCUUCUUUAGGUCUGACAGAAUUUCCAAAAUGGACAGGAAAAGUCCCAAUGUUGACACAACUUGAUCUAUCCAACAACAAAUUGAAUGGAACAGUUCCCAAGUGGUUGCAUGAAAUGGAUUCAUUAUAUUUUUUGAACCUAUCCCAAAACUUGUUGACAACUCCAAUCAAGAAAUUCUCAAGGAACUACAACCUCCACUUUCUUGAUCUUAGUUUCAAUUUACUCACUGGCGACGUCUCUUCAUCCAUUUGUAAUGUAAGUUUACUUAAUGUUCUCCUCUUGUCUCACAAUAAGUUGGUAGGUAGCAUUCCACCAUGCCUUGCAAAGUUGCCUUCCCUUUCUAUUUUGGAUUUACAGAGGAACAAACUAAAUGGAACAUUACCAAGUAAUUUCUCAAUGAAUGCUCAUUUCGGCGUUAUAAAUCUCAAUGACAACCAAUUAGAAGGUAUUUUGCCAAAAUCUUUGUCCAAUUGCACACAAUUGGAGAUCUUGAAUCUUGCCAACAAUCAAAUUGAGGACAAAUUUCCUGAUUGGAUUCAAACUCUACCAAUGUUGACAGUAUUGGUAUUGCGUGCCAACAAAUUGUACGGUCCCGUUCCAAGUUUAGAGAUGAAACAUGAAUUUUCAAGUUUACUUAUUUUUGAUAUCUCAUCCAACUACUUCAAUGGUUCAAUACCAAAAACCUAUAUACAAAAUUUUCAAGCAAUGAAGAACGUUAUUCGUUACAAAGUGGGCGAGCUAUACAUGCAACCUUCCAAUAGUAAUGCAUAUGUAACUGAGUCUGCAACUAUAACUGAAUUUGCAACUAUAACAACAAAAGCCAUAAAUAUGGCAUUCAAAAAAAUUCCAAAAAACUUUAUAACCAUUGAUUUAUCUAGAAACAAAUUUGAAGGAGAGAUUCCAUAUGUAAUUGGAGAGCUUCAUGCUCUUAAAGGACUCAACUUUUCUCAUAAUAGACUCAGUGGUUCUAUUCCCCAAUCCAUUGGAAAUUUGACAAAU